AUGAACUUCAGUCUUCAAUUGCAACUCCCGAGGAGCAGAUCGUCAGAGCUGAAUAUGAAUACAACGAUGCAGAUGCAACACGAUGCUGCAAAUCAACAAUCGCACGAUAAAAGUUGCUUCCACAAGGGCUCCUACAUUGAGCUAUCCACAGGUGUGAUGCGCCGUGUGGAGGACAUUCGUACGGAGGACUUUAUACAAUCGGCGCUGCGUAGUCCGCAUUUUCAGCUGUUGGAGGCGACAGUGGUUAAAAUUGAUCGAACUUCUGCUGGUCCCAACAUCAUCAUUACCUUUAGCUAUGCAACGCAGCAUUUAAAGGUCAAUAUGGAGGUGACGGCAUCACAUCCGCUGUUUGUCUAUGGUCAGGGUUGGGCCUCCUGUGAUCCGCAGUUGUCACUGCAGCUGUAUGCGCUGAAGUGCCAACAGCUGCAGGUGGGCGAUAUUUGUUUGUCGUUAGUGGCACAGCCGGAACAGCCUCCACCGCCGCCGCCACCACCGUCGCUGCCCAUGGCUGGAAAUUAUGCAUUUGACGCGAGUUCCAGGCAUCCGUAUCAAAUGUAUGCGGAGAUGGCGAAUAUUGUGGCUGCUUACACUCAGCACUUGAUUGGUAAAAUGCGCAACUGA